AGCAGUCAGAACUUGACAUCAGCAACAGAGACAUCCUUUUUGUGCAGACUGAAGUCCAUCACCAUGGCCAAGCUUCCCUUUAUGAUGGGUCGUUACAAAUGGUUUGUUAAGGUGCUGUCAGUGGGUGCAGAGUGCAAGGGUGAGGACCCAAACGCAGGACACAAGGAGACAACUUCAGCAAAACAACACAACACCACUGUUGAUUAUCAUUCUUUGGCGAAUGGUGGUAAAAAAGUUGAAAACAACAUUACUAAGAAGCCACGCUUCUACAAUGAAGAACACAAGGUGUUUAAUGAUCCCAUCCAUGGUCACAUGGCAUUACACCCAGUUCUUGUCAAAAUUAUAGACACUCCUGAGUUCCAGAGACUACGAAACAUCAGGCAACUUGGGGGGAUUUAUAAUGUUUAUCCAGGAGCAUCUCACAACCGCUUUGAACACUCAAUUGGAGUGGCACAUUUAGCAGGUGAGCUUGCAAAAGCUCUGAAGAUGAAGCAGGAGAAGCAGAUCGAGCAGUUGGAGGAGUUGAAGAAGUUGAACCUGUUGAUAAAAUUGACGCCUGAGGAGAUGAAGAAGUUGAUAAAGUUGAUGCCUGAGGAGAUGGAGAAGUUGCACAACUUAAAGACUGAGGAUUCUGAGGAGUUGAAUUUGAAGCCUCAGGAGUUGAAGAAGUUCAACGAGUUCAAGGAGUUGAAGUAUGAGGAUUUGGAGAUGUUCGAGAAGUUGAAGAGGUUGGAGAAAUUUGACGUUAAUGAGUUGGAGGAGUUGGAAACUUAUAAUACUGAGAAGUUAAUCGAGUUUGAGAAGAAGACGUCUGAGGAGUUGGACGAGUUUAAAAAGCAUCAUCUUGAGUUGUUUAAGAAGUUGAACAAGUUUAAGAAGUUGAGGCCGGAGAAUGUGAAGAAAUUUAAGAAGUUGAUGAAAUUUAAGCCUAAUGAGUUGGAGAAGAUGAAGAAAUCGCUCAUCAGUGACCGAGAUGUCCUCUGUGUGGAGAUUGCCGGUCUUUGUCAUGACUUAGGACAUGGGCCCUAUUCUCAUUUUUAUGAUGGGAUGUUUAUGGAAGCAAUCAGAGAAAAAAAAGGCAAAGAAUUCGAUGGGAAAUGGGAGGUAAGAGUUUGAAAUAAUAAUGGAAACACAUAUACAACUUAAAAGAAUAAAUAAAUUAAACCACAGUAAUCAAUUAUCUGAGAUUUAGAGGUAACUGGUUCUAAACUUUGCAGUAGUCUUUACCACUUAAGAAGGUAAGAACCACUUACUUAUGGUUCUUAGUUUCUGUAAUAAUUUUGGAGUUUUGAGUUUAGCUUUUCCCUGCUACUCAGUGUUUAAGGUUUAGAUUUUUAGUUAUUUGAAUUGUAUGGAGUUGAUUAAAUAUGGAGAGAAAUAUGCCUCAAAAGUGUUGCAAUACAUACAAUAUGAUCCACAAUCCACACAUAAAUCUGAAGCAGUACAUCUAAAUCUACAUAAAUACUGAUAAUAUACGAGAAAAAUAGAAGGCAGGAGGAUCAACCAGCAGUACUCUACUGCACCAUCCAAGAUGUACUUUCAGUGGCAGGGGAGCAAUAUGAGAACAGCACCACCAAGGCUGGAGACAGAGCAAUACUGGAAGAGCAUAUGGGAGAAGGAUGCAACACAUAACAACAAUGUCAGUGGCUACUGGAUCUAAGGGCAGAUCACAGCAACCUCCAUGAACAGGCCCCAGUAACCAUCACAGUAGCAGACAUCCAAGAAAGGGUCUCCAGUAUGAAGAGUUGGACAGCACCAGGGCCCAACAUGGUUCAUGCCUACUGGCUGAAGAAGCUGACUGCACUCCAUGAGCAUCUGGCAGCACAAAUGAACAGGCUGCUAUUGGAUGAAGCACACCCAGAAUCACUAACUGAAGGCCAGUUAGUCCUGAUCCCCAAGGACCCGCAGAAGGAAACAGUCCCAUCAAACUACAUGCCAAUAACGUACCUCAGUACCAAAAGGAAGCUCCUACCAGGCAUCGUAACAGUUAAAAUGAACAGGCACGUGGCUCAAUACAUGAGCAGGGCACAGAAAUGAAUUGACAGGAAUACCAGAGGAGCAAAACACCAGCUACUGGUGGUGUAUCACUUUGAAUUCUAUAGCACAUUGGCUUUAUAAAGCAAAGUGGGACAGUUUUUUA